GACAGCUGGCAGAUGAACGCCUUCGAUAUAAAUGAUGGUCCCAACAGAACACUACCCCAGAACCCCCCCUCCCCCACAAAACGAAAUCUCUGAAGAUAUGGGGGUUCUAACGGAGGAGGAGAAGCAGCUAGAACACCACGUGAAACCCCCCUCCUCCGGUCAUGAGAUGAACGAUGGUCCACCACAGAUCACCUGGGCAGACAAGCUCAGAGCCCCGCACCAGGGUAGAGCCCUUACCAUCCAGCGGGGCCAGGGUAGUCCCCGGACCGGGAAACUUGAGAUCCCCCUGGAAGGGCUACCAUCUGCGAGGGCCUUCUUCAUGGCCAAAUUCCUCCUGCUGUCGGAAACAAGGGUGGUGUCACAAGGGGGCAAGCAGGUUAUGGUCAAAGCUUAUCCCCAGAAUGGGAUAGCCUGCAGGGACGAGGUAUACACGAAACACGCCAGCAAUUGGGUGUUUCAUGCCGCCGCCGCCUUCAAGUCAGUCAACGACAAGGUCAAGUGGAUUGGCCGCCGGCUUGAAGUUCUAAAAAACUGUGCGGAAAUGGCCCGGGAUCAAUUUUUGGUACAACCCGUCUCUAACACCACGGUUACGGUCUUAUGCAUGCACGAAUCAGACAAGAAAGUGAUAGAUGGGUUGCAGCGCCUCCGCUGCGAACGAUCGGAGGUCAGGAUCCACCCCUGGAUGCCGCUGCGCAGGAUGGGACCGGAGGAGAGAAGGGCACAGUUGAUGCAGGAUUUCUUCUGGGUGGAGUUUCGUCAUAUCCCUGUCGAAGUCCAGGCAGCAUUUGUGUAUGACUUCGGCUUGCUGUAUGACAUUGUUGCUUUCAUCGACCCCCUUCCCUCCUUCGUGGCUAAGAGGGAUGAUUACCUGAUGCUGGCCCUGGAUUACCCUCAGGGCCAACCUUUCUCCCUCGAUGAUCUGAUCCCGUAUCGGAUAGGUGGAAAGGAAUACAUGAUUCAUACUGCACAUAAACUGAGGCCUUGGUGCCAUAAAUGCAGAGCUUAUGGCCAUCUAAGCACUGAGUACACAUGCCCGCUUUAUAUGCAGAGAAGAGCACGAGCAACAGGGCGAUUGUUGCGGGACCCAAUAAAAGUCACCCAUUGGAGGGCAGUGGACCCAGGGCACGAAGGUUGGGUUUACAUUGAAGACCGCACGAAAGAAGGCUCCUCAAUAGGCUGGGUCUGGGAAAGAUCCGGGGAGCCGGACUGGGGAACACGCCCCUCCAACGCAUGGACUCCCCCGCCUCUGGUGGAGGAGAAAGUACAGAACAAACAAGCCCCGCAGGAGGGCCACGUGAGCUCAGAAUGGAAAAUGGCAGGGAAGAAGGGCGGGAAGGAAAUCUGGGUCCAAAAACUGCAGACAGAACCGGCUGCCGUGAAGGAAAUCCGGGUCCAAAAACUGCAGACAGAACCGGCAGCCACCCCGGGCCCUGCUGCCGCGAGUUACAUCCAGGAUGAGAAGGGAGCUGCAGCGAUUGCAGAACAGGAAGGAACCCGAGCUGCAGCCACCAUGGAACUGAAGGGAACCCAGAUCACACAAAACACAAGCAAAUGUGCGGGGGAGGCAUCGGCUCAAUCUCCUCAAUCGGACGCAACAAGCAACAUUCCUAGGCUGAAGUGUUGCGGAGAAACAGAAAUUCUGGAGGGGACUGCAACUGCGGCCCGGUUGGAAACAGGGGAUACGGACCCCCCUCAAGCAGCCUUCGGACUGGAUCCCAUGGAUGUGGACCCCCUUCCGGAUAACGCUAGUAGGUCACCGGAGGGACUGGAUCCGGAGCGGGGCCAGGAAUGGGUGGAGGAGGGGGCACCUCCGUUGGAUCUACCCAUGGAACAGAAGCUGGUUGCCAUAGCGGACUGGCUGUUGGCCAAUCUCAAAGCAAAGCAUGGCCCCCUGACCGAUGACUUCUGGGACAAGACCUACCUGAAUCUCUUCCCCGUACUGGACACGAGCGUCUCACUCAAAAAUGUGUUGGAGAAGGGGCUGCAACCAGGGGUAAAAUGGUCCGACGCGUGGCACAGACUGGACACAAUCGUGUCAGCACGGUUCCACGCACCACAAGCUGCAGCAAAGGAAGAAGCCAGCCAGCAGGGAACACAAGAACCGGUGCCCCAAAACCCCCCGGAUCUGGUCCUCCAACACCCACCCCCGGCACCGGAACCGGAACCUCCGGAUCCGGAGGAGGACAUGCUGCUCGACUUGGUGCGGAAAAGAAAGCUGAGACAGCUAGUUGAGAUGGGGGGUGACACCAGUCCCAUGUCGCAGGAAGCUGCGCUGUCCAUCCCCGUCCGAAAGAGAAAUGAGAAAUGGGAAGUAGGCUUGUCCCCAACAGCCAAUGCCAGACAGGGGGACAUCACGCUGCAAGGCUGGUCGUCGUUCUGGGCUAGCCCACAAAAUUACACAACGGAGGCAGCGGCGGGGAUUCUGCGAAUGCAGCUGGAAUCCCGCAUUGCAGAAGCCCUGCCGCCCGGGGCUCAAGCUAUGGCCUCGAUUGUGACAGGCCCCACCAAGAUUGCACAGAGGGACGUAUACAUAUGCUUUGAUCCCGCCAAGGAGAACAGCCUGAGAUGGCACACUUACAGUCAAAUGCUAAACCUGCAGCUGGUUAGGAUUAAGCAAAGUGACAUUUCGUCCGAGCGUGACGUCCAAAAAAGCCUAUGUGCGCUUCUCAGGAUGCCGGCGGGAUGCAGAUUGGGAAUGGGAACAGUUAUCAUGGACCGGGUUGUGAACAGCCUGGUGAUAGGAGAGACCAGAAAGACAAGUAAAUGGAUCCUGUUACAGCAGUAUAUGGGAAAGACCGCAUCUGGAACCAAUGCAAGAGGGCAGCAGACCUGGACCUGCGGUCAUUGAAUGUCAAUGGUCUCGCCUCGAGUAAGCCUGAUAAACACAACGCAAUCUG